CAGUGAUAAUGGAAAGCCUAAAAAAUAACUUGAUACAAGCCUGUGAUGGAGAACGUGUGUCAUUACAUUGCCCACGUAAUACACAUAUUUAUCUGGUAAAUACCUUCUACGGACGUUUGGUACCAAGUUUUGAACUUUGUCCAGCUCCCACAUCAACCACACCACAACAGAACAGUUCUUCACCGUCGUCGUCGUCAUCAGCGUUCACAACAAAUGGCGUUGAUAUUUUUGACGAAGAUACCAGUUGUCAUAUUGCAAGUGCUCAUUCGGUAGUUUUUUUUGACUGUGACUAAAC